CUCCCUACAAUGAAGGUUAUAAAAGUAAUCUUCAUGUUAGCCAUCACUCUAGCCAUCACCCUCACCAUCACCUUCACUGGUUCCAACCACGAACCAACACCGAUCACCGAACCAUCAUCAUCGGUCGCAAAACCGUUUCCGAAAAGGGUUAGUCGGUUCCUAGCCGAGUCCAAGAACCCUCGAGCCACGGACCACUGCUAUAAAGACGACGCGAUUUGCUACAUCUUAGAAGGCAAAAACUCGACUUGUUGCAACAASAARUGCAUGGAUUUGAGYCARGAUAAACAMAAUUGUGGAGCAUGYAAGAAUAARUGYAAGUUUACGAGYUCGUGUUGCCGWGGGGARUGCGUGAAUUUGGCUUACGAUAAGCGGCAUUGUGGGUCGUGUGGUAACAAGUGCAUGCCGGGUGGUUAUUGCAUAUACGGUCUCUGCAGUUACGCGUAAUUUAACCGGUUAUUU